AUGAAUGACUUUUAUCCCAAUAACAAUCAAUAUUGCCAGACCCGUCGUGGGCCGUGGUCUGCCGUUGAGGACUCUGACCUCCUUCGCUUAAUUGAAGAACAUGGCCCCAACAACUGGGUCCGACUCUCACAGCUCCUCGGAACACGCACCGCAAAACAAUGUCGUGAACGCUAUCACCAAAAUCUCAAGCCUUCUCUUAACCAUACCCCAAUCACCGAUGAAGAAGGUGCCAUGAUUGAACAACUCGUAGCUAUCCAUGGUAAAAAAUGGGCUGAAAUCUCGCGCCGCUUAAAUGGCCGCUCCGAUAAUGCUGUCAAAAAUUGGUGGAAUGGUGGUGCUAGCCGCCGCAGAAGGGCCUCUUUAGCAAAUAGACCUCCAGGACUUCCAACUGCUGGCCCAAACAUUCAACAGCCCUUAUCGGGUCCUCAACAACAACAACAACAGCAACAACAGCAACAACAGCAACAACAGCAGCAACAACAACCUCACAAUUCUUCUUAUGGUAUAAACCAUUCUAUAAAUGGCCAUAUCCAGCAUGAUUUGGGCCCAUCUCAAUAUUAUUCUUCUCAUCAACAAUCUUCAUCAACUUCUUCGCCUUCACAACAACCUUCUUACAAUGGCUCUAUCCAAUCUCAAUACCCUCUACCUUCUCAACAGCAUGCCUCCCCAUCAUCAACUCCUCCUUCUCAAUACCCUUCAUCUUAUCAACAAUCUUACGACUACCCGAACCAUCAAAAUCCCUCGUCCCAACAAUUAUCACAGCCUCCUGCAUCAUCAUCCCUUUUCAACUCUAACUAUUCAAUGUCAGGCCAACCACCACCACCAUCACAACACCAAAACCAACAAAACUAUGAACAAAGCCACCAAUCUUCAAUGGCUCAAGACUCCCACCACCAAUACCCCCAAGGAUCAUCCUCCCAUCUUGGCUCUGCUCCAAGAAUUUCUCAUCAUAGAGUAUCGAUGCCAAAUAUCCACUCUGCUUAUCAGCAACAACAACAACAACAGCAACAACAUGCUCCUCAUACCCCUUCUCCAUUUUCUACAAACCAGGGCCUCUCAAAACCUCCAUAUGCUCAAAACGAUCCUACUGCAUCUCCAAGCAGAGGAAUUCCUUCCUCCGGUAUUAUCUUCAACUCUGCUUACACUUCCGACUCUUCUGGAUUUAGAAAAUCUUCAUCUGUUGCUAUGCCUUCUAGUAAUAUCGAUCCUCACCAGUCUUCUCCUCAUGGAGCCGCUGCUGCUGCAGCAGCAGCUGCCGCCGCCGCCGCCGCUGCCGCCACCACUGGAGCUAAUGGCUCAGUUUCUGGCCCUACUUCCACAGGAGAUCUUUCUGCUCCAUCUUGGGCCUCUCAAAACAAUAUCAACUCUUCAGGUCCACCUCCUCCUCCCUCCUUCUAUCCUAUUGUUUCGUCAGGCCCCUCACCGCCUAAUGGAGGACCACGGUUCCCUCCCCAGCACACCCGCUCGGCUUCUGUUUACCAACAUCCAUCUUCUGUUCGUAAGCGAGCCAUGGGGUUGGCUACUUCUUCUCCUGCAGAUGAACUUUACUCAAAUACACCUUAUACUCGCCGUUUCUCGGCAACUGCUCUUUCUUCUGCAAACUAUAAUCCCUCUUCUCGCACAUCUUCUAUCGAUAGUAGCAUGGCAAACUCAUCUGAUAAUGAAGACCCACUCUCAGGCUCUAUUCAUUCUCUUUCAAAAUACUCUCUCACUGGCAACUCAUCUUCACGCAGAAAUUCUCAUGUCGUUCCAUUACCACCCCCAGAGGUUUCAGUCCCUCCUGGCCCAAUAACUGCCCCAUCAUCUGCUGGCUCCUCUGGAUCUACCUCUUCAACCAAUUCUUCUCUUUCUUCAAACUCCACAGCCUCUUCUUCGAUAUCUACCACUCCUACACACACAAUGAAACCUUUAAGCACCUUCUUACCCCCUGUCUCGUCUCUUUCAUCUAAUGGGAAACUCCCAGUCUCUCCUCCUCUAGGUUCUUCUUCUACUUCUUCUUCUUCAACCUCCAACUCUUCAUCUUCAUCUUCCGCAUACUCUAAAUCUCCUCCACCUCCAACCUUUUUGACCCAACCUGCUUCUUCGGCCAUUUCCAGCAUUUAUCCCAAUGGUUCGAUGGCUUCCACAACUCCAGGGUCUCCACUAGGACCAAACUCUAACAAGGGCAUUUUUUCAUCUUCAUCUUCCUCUUCUUCUACAUCCUUCAAACUUGCUUCUCCUUUCCAACACCGCCACAGUAUUUCCGGGUACCUUCCGAACCAGAUGACACCCAAUGGCGUGGGUCUGGGUCUUAUGGAGUCUAAAGAAAAUGGCCAACAGGCAAAUUUGAGACUCGCAGACAUGACUGGAAAUAGUAGCAAUUCAACUCUUUUAGAAUCUUCUAUUUCUUCAGAAGACCCUGCUACGAAAAAUACCCCCACUCAAUCAUAUUUCCCCUCUUCAUCUCCGGUUGAUAAUGCUUCAGGCAGCACCACUAAUGGUGGAAAUAACAACAACGGUUCUGAACCUAAGCUUAGAUUUAACGAGGGUAACUACUUUGAUUCUUCUCGGAAAAAAUCACUGGCAGGAUCGAGCUCAGUGCCUCCUUCCGCUGCUUCUGCUUCUGCUUCUGCUUCUGUUGCUGCUCCUCCUUCUCGCUACGACGAAGAUACUGAAAUGACUGAAUCUCAUUCUCGUGCCGAUUUCGAGGAUCCUCGAGCAAUGAAUGGCAUGGAUGUAGUUGCUGCGGCCGCUGCUGCAAGCGAAAAGCUGCCCAUAAUUCCGACUACCACUACCACCAAUAGUACCUCUACCGGUGCCCCUGCCACAAUUGAGGAAGCUGAAGAUAAGAAGCUUAAAAUAGCAAGUUUACUUUCUUAA